GUGUGAAGCUGAGGAAAACCAUGGAGCAGUCUGACCCAGCCUCUGCCUCAGACCUGACCCAGGGGUCAGAGGUCAACUCCCUGCCGAAGGCGUCAUCAGGGAUCAACAAGAGCAAUAGGAGUGACACAACGAUGGAGGAAAAUGAGGUCUAUGCAGAAAGGGGGAAUGAUGUCGAACAGGAGAGUCUGGAGGGAGAUGGGAUACAACACAAGAAGAAGAAAAAGUGCCAGCAAGAGGGUGGAGAGGAGUCUGUCAAUGUGGACAUUAGCUCUGCCCGAGAGAGGGGGAGGGGGCGCAAGGGUGGACCCCAUGUCAAUGGCAUGCAGGCUGACCAGGACGGCUCCCCAAUGGUUUUCGAGAAGUGCAUCCAGUACAAGUAUGUGCAGCAGGAAAAGGCUAUCAAAAGGCUGCUGGAUGAAAACAACAAGCACCAGGAGCUGGUCCUGGCUAUCUGCUCAGAGAAGGACACCAUGAGGGAAGAACUGAAGAGGAGGGUGGAGACUGAGAAAAAGCACAUGUGCACCGUGAAGAAGGUAAGCACUCCAACUCCAGACUGGUGUCACGUCCAUCAAGCUGCCUCAUGGCUGUUCCCUUAUGGGCUGUCUGGAUCGGACAAGGCUGGCUUACUUACUCCAACGGUUUCCAUUUAGACAUCAGUGAAGAGCUCUCUUCUCACCGGAGUUUCCCAUUUGAAUCAUCUAAUAUCGGUAGUUUACGGAGAUGCUACAAGUUCACUCAAUUGUGAAUAAUGAUACUGAUGCUGCAAUAAUACUGUUUUAUUUCCCCCCCACAAAUGCAUCUCAACCGACAGUACUAAUGAAAACCCAGGUUGAACCUUCAAAAGAUCAAGCCAUGGUGGCAAGAGAAAACUGACUGUUGAGAAAUCUUACUCUUGAGGUGGAGCCCAUCCUCUUUUGCCUGGCUAGGGCUGUGUCGGUAAUGCAAAUAACUGCCGGUCUGAUGGUAAUCGACUGUUAAUAAACACUUUUAGCAUCUCCGGGCUUCCAUGCAUAGCUAAAAGCCACUGUUGCAGACCUUUUGGAACAUCUACAUUU